UACACACAUUGGCCUUGUCUAGUCCGAACGUACAAAAAACUACAUAUCCCAUCAGCAGCCACAUUACGCAAGGCCCACCCGACUUCCUGAGAAAAGACUUCAAAAUAAGACACUCCUCGCAUGUUGUCCGCAUUGUCGUCGUGUCACUGAGUGGAAAAUGUAAUCUCAGAUUUUAUUCUGGAGGCGGUGUCAUUCCUCCGCGUCCGUCGGUUCCCGUGCGGAGCUUCCGGUCGCCUUCAACCGGCGGAGAAAGAAGAAGUUCGGCCCGCGAUGAGGCUCCUUCUGGCCGGCGCCGCGCUGCUCUCAGCGGCCGCGUACUACGUCUACCUCCCGCUGCCCGGAGGGGUCUGCGAGCCCGUCAAGCUGAUGCUGCUGGACGCGCUGUUCCGGAGCUUCAUUCAGGCGAGCGACGUGGCUCACGCGCUGGGCGUGUGCCACCGGGUGCACCUGCUGAACCGGGUGGUGUCCUGGGUGGAGGAGGUGGAGGCUCGAUCCUGCUCCGCCGUGCACGUGACCGACUCCCAGCUGGGCGGCGUGCCGGCCCGAGUCUUCCAGCCGAAGGGGGGCAGGCGGCUGAAGAGGGGGGUCGUAUACUUCCACGGGGGAGGGUGGGCGCUGGGCAGCGGACGGAUGCGGUCAUAUGACCGUCUCUGCAGGAAAAUGGCGGAGGACCUGGACUGCGUGGUCGUGUCGGUGGACUACCGCCUGGCCCCGGAGGCGGUGUUUCCGGAUCAGUACCACGACGCGCUGGCGGCGGCGCGGGCCUUCCUGUCAGCUCCGGUCCUGGAGCGCUACGGCGUGGACCCGCAGAGGCUGUGCGUGUCCGGGGACAGCGCCGGGGGGAACCUGGCCGCCGCGGUGGCCCAAGAGCUCGGCUCGGACCGCGGCGCGGCGCCGAGGUUCAAGCUGCAGGCGCUGAUCUACCCGGUGCUGCAGGCGCUGGACUUCCACACCGCGUCCUACCAGCAGAACCAGGCCGUGCCCAUCCUCCACCGGCCCCUCAUGGCCCGCUUCUGGCUGCAGUACCUGGGCGCCGACGCCUCCCUGGAGCCCCUCCUGCUCGCCAACAACCACAGCGCCCUGGACCAGCGCGCCAAGCUGGACUGGACCGCGCUGCUGCCGGCGGAGCGCAGGAAGCACUUCCGGCCCGUGGUGAGGGAAGGAGGCGCGGCGGGCGCGUUGCCGGGGCUGACGGACCCCCGGGCGGCGCCGCUGCUGGCGGAGAGCGCCGUGCUGAGCGCGACGCCCAAAGCCUACGUGAUGACCUGCGAGUUCGACGUGCUGCGGGACGACGGGUUGAUGUACGCCAGGCGGCUGCGGGACGCCGGCGUGGCGGUGACCAGCGACCACUACGAGGACGGGUUCCACGGCUGCAUGGUGUUCGCCUUCCCCCCCGUGGCGUCCGCCGUCGGGCGGAGGAGCAUCAACGGCUACGUCCGCUGGCUGGACCAGAACCUGUAGGCGGAGCAGAUGAUCCAAUUCAAAGCUUUGACGAGUCCUGAGGACUCGUGAUGUCACUUCCUGUUCCCUCCCCUCGCAUGUCAUGUGAUUCAUACACAGGUCAGUGAAGUCAUGUGACCGUGGUGGCCGAGCGUCAGCCCCUCAGGGAAGAUUAUCUCGAUGAAACAAACACCUUUUAUUUACUGCAAUGAUCCCAAAUCCAGAUUAAGAAUCCGUGACUUCCUGUCGGGCUACAACGACACUUCCUGUCCACCGAAGUAUAAAACCAAAACACGAUCGAACAAAAGAAAGUGACGCUGAUCUCAAACAGCGUUUAAUCCUAAUCCACGGGAUUAAAGAACUACACAGAAUGCUGGUUGUUCACACUUUUAAGAUGCACAUUCUGAACUAAAUCAAAUCACACGCCUGCAUUAAAACUGGGGAAAUAAAUCCAGAUUAAAACGUCUGAUCUUUUAAAAUAAAGAAAACAAACUCCAGGUUAUUUUUUUUUAACCAAAAAA